GCCGUGCGCAGCAGAGCCACGAGCGACUCUCGCACGCGAACAACACACCGCCGCCGCAGCGCGCACACACGCAUAUAUAUCCAUUCGCAUCGCGGGCCGAAAGACCAGCAGAACUCGAAUACAUAUUUUUUUUCUCUCUCUGUCUGUCUGUCUCUCUCACUCGCUCGGGUGGUGUAUGUGUUUGUGUACUCUGUGUGUGUGUGCGUGAAAGGAGAGGCAGCAGCAGCAGCAACAGCAACAGCAGUAGACUAGCAGGUAGUGCGCGUGUAACAGUUUUUCGUUGUAAUCGGUCGAGAGUAUUGUUGUAUAUAUCGCGCAUCGGUGCGGGGCUGCUGCAGAGCACGACGACAGAGCGCGACGCGUGUGCCGCAGUGUGAAUUAUUAUCACGAUAGUAGAAUAAUACAUAGAGCGAGCGAAAGAUGAACCAGCAGGAGGUCAUAUCCAAGGCUGAGGACGUAGCCGACAAGGUCAUCCGUCACGGCAAACAUGUGCUGCCGACGCUGGCCCGGGUCUGCCUCAUCGCCACCUUCCUCGAGGACGGACUGCGCAUGUGGUUCCAAUGGAAGGAGCAGAGCGAGUACAUGGACAUGUCCUGGGGCUGCGGCAAAUUCCUGGCCACCCUCUUCGUGCUCGUCAAUCUGUUCGGACAGCUCGGCGGCUGCGUGGCCGUCAUCGGCCGGAUGAAGGUCAAUUACGCGUGCGGCGUGCUGUUUUUCAUUGUGAUCCUGCAGACGGUGGCCUACAGCAUCCUGUGGGACAUGCAGUUCUUGUUCAGGAAUUUGGCGCUCAUCGGUGCACUGCUCCUCGUACUGGCCGAGUCCAAGGCCGAGGGCAGAUCUCUCUUCGCCGGCGUACCUUCCCUGGGUGAAAACAAGCCCAAAAAUAUCCUCCAACUUACCGGCAGGAUACUGCUCGCUUUCAUGUUCAUCACGCUCAUUCGAUUCGAGUGGUCCUUGUUCCAAGUUAUACAGGACGUCUUGGGUGGUAUCCUCAUGAUUUGCGUGACAAUAGGAUACAAAACUAAGCUCAGCGCUUUGCUGCUCGUGCUCAUCCUGUCGGGCCUUAACUUUUACCACAACGCUUGGUGGACCGUUCCAGACUACAAACCACUCAGAGAUUUCCUUAAAUACGAUUUCUUCCAGACCCUCUCUGUUAUUGGUGGAUUAUUGAUGAUUGUUUCUCUAGGACCAGGAGGUGUAUCUAUGGACGAACACAAGAAAAGGUGGUAGAAUGAUAUUGUAGACUAAGUGUGUGUGAGACUUAGAAAUCUCGCGAGAAUUCUCGACUUGGUAUUGAUAUCCGAGACCCGUCUCUGGGGUAUCCGAAACGACUGACGAGAAAUCUCUAGGCUAUAAAAAUUACUAACUGAUUUCAGAUGAACUAAGUUUUACAUGCUCCAAAAGUUUAAAAUCAUGUAAAUAUUUUAUGAUAAUUAAAUACAAUUUUUUUUAAGAACGA